UGCCCCGAGCACCUGCGGCCGCACCGGGACAGCCCGGCCUUCCGCCACCACCAGCUCUGCCCGCCCCUGCGCGACCUGCAGCAGCGCAAGUGCCCGCAGCACAACAAGGUCUUCGAGUUCUUCUGCAGCCAGCACAGCAGCUGCAUCUGCUCCCUCUGCCUGCUCGGGCACAAGCUGUGCCACACCAGCCCCGUGCAGAUGGCCAAAGCCAGCGCCGAGGUGAUGCUGAAGAAGAAACUGAUGGAGCUGCAUAAUCAGAAUGAGAAAGCUGCUCGAGCCAUGGACACCGUGAAAACAAAACAAAGCCAAGCUGCUGAGACAGCUUCCAGGAAGAAAGAUUUGAUCAGAAGUGAGUUUUUGGAAAUUAAAGCUUUAAUUGAAGAAAAAGAAAAUCAGGCCGUGAAAGUAGUUGCAGAAGAAGAAAAAAGAAUUUGCAAUAAAUUUGAUUAUGUUUACGGUAUUCUGGGAAGUAAGAAGAAUGAAAUUCAGUCUCUCAGAGAUCAGAUUGAGAUGGCACUGACUGAAGAUGAUGACAUUCUGUUUUUGAAGAGAGCAGCAGCACUGCAACGUAUGUCAACAAAAGACGCUUUUGUCCCUGUAAUUGAAAUGGACCAAAACUUGAUACAUUCUGUUUAUCAGUCAGCCAUUAACCUUAAAGACAUUGUGAAACUUUCAGUGCCUCAGUGCCAGGAGAAAAUAGCAGAAGCAAAACUAACACCUGGGAAAACUAAGCCCCCUCCAGCAGCUUCUACAAACAAAACCUGUGUUGACAAAAAGCCUUUUUUUACUUUUCCUCCCUCAAAAGAGCACACACACAAAGAGAAAAUCCUUCACCAGACACCAGCCACUUUGCAGGCAGAGGCAGAUACCAAGGAGAAAAAGAAGCCUGCUAAAGUUGCACCAACCACGGGAAUACCAAAUGCCGCAGCUGCCGCUGCAACUAAAGAUCUUCUUAGCAGCUUUCUGAAGAAAUCCAGAGAGGAGCUUUUGCAGUAUGCUGCUAACAUCACUCUGGAUUACAACACAGCUCAUAACAAAGUGAUUCUGUCUGAGAGAUAUACCAAGAUGUCUGUCUCUGACAUCCCCCUGAAUUAUAACCAUUGUCCUCAGCGCUUCACCGAUUGCUUCCAAGUGCUGGGGUUCCAGUGCUUCAAGACAGGCAUCCACUACUGGGAAGUGGAACUGCAGCAGAACAACUUCUGUGGCAUUGGCAUCUGCUACGGCAGCAUGGUGCGGCAGGGGCCGGAGAGCCGCCUGGGGAGGAACAGCAGCUCUUGGUGUAUUGAGUGGUUUAAUUCCAAAAUAUCAUCCUGGCAUAACGAUGUUGAAAAGUGCUUACCCAAUGUGAAGGCUACCAAGAUUGGUGUGCUGCUCCACUGUGAGGGAGGGUUUGUGAUUUUCAUGGCUGUUGGGGAGAAGCAGAACUUGAUCUAUAAAUUCAAAACCCAGUUUACUGAAGCCUUGUACCCUGCCUUCUGGUUAUUUUCCAGUGGCGCUGUUCUCUCUCUCUGCUAA